GUGUGAGAUUAGGUUAUAUGGGCCAUUUAACUUUUAUUGCAGAAGAAGUUGUAAAAUUACUUGAUCGAUAUGCAGUGGAAAUUGGCGAGAAAGUGAGAGCCCCGUUAGGUGGGCAACGUCCAAGCAAUCAUGAUAGUAUGUCGCCCAGUCGUGAAGAAAGCGACGACGACGACGAUGAUGAUACUAGCGAAGCUGUUGCAGACGGUGAUAUGGCCAGCGAUCAG